AUGAUUUUACUACUAAUUGAUACCGACUCUCUCAUGCAUUAUGAUGACCGAGAUUCGAGCGCAAGUGAAUCUGAAGAUGAUAUUAUUCUCGACGAAAAAUCUGUUGAACAAGCCUUACGAACUGCUAUUACGAGUUUAUUUACUCCAUGGAAAAACGUGAUUGAACGUGUACAAGCAACUAACACACCAUCUCUUCAUAUUGUGGUUACAUCCUAUUGGUAUCUUUUCGAAUGUCUGGUUGUUACAAAGGACGAAGCAGCUGAUAAAGCGGCCACAGGUCUUAUUUUCUUCAAAAGACGGACCCAACAAUUAUUGAGAGCUAUGUUUAGUUUACAUGAUCUUCAUUGGAUCGCUGCAAUACUGAAUCCACGUACACGAAUGCUCAAGCGCGCCACUGAUGUUGAACGUACACAUGCUAAUUGUCUUGUUAAAGCUGAAAUAACUAAAAUUAUUGAAACGCAUCAAAUCGAUUAUAAUUCUCCAUUACUAUCUUCAGGAAACGCUAGCUCUUCACCACCAUCUUGA